AUUUUGAACAAGAAGAGGAGUGGAAUGUUGAAGAACCGUCCGGUUCAACCGGCAUUAAGGAAGCUUCUGAAACGUCCUCAAUACCUGUUGAACGAGAAGAUCCUUCACUGGUAGAGAUUAAAGAAACUCCAUUCAGAAGUUAUACUUUUGAUCAGGCGUCGAUAAGUAAUGUGUUCCAGAUGGGCAAUGACCUCGAGAAUACCAUUCAGGAUCUGUUGGAUGGUAAGGCUUUAUUGCUUCAAGGAGGCGAUAAAGCGAGGGUUGGAU